CUCUGCCGUGGCGUUUUGCCCUUCCUGUUUCAUUUUUAUCUCGUUUCCAGAUCUUUUUCUUCCCCUUUGCCUGUAGUUUCUUACGCUACACUUUCCUCUCAGUUAAGAUUCGUGUCACACUUCCCCCCUGCUUUUUUGUUUUCACCUGUCCACACCAAUAUGCCACCGAUAUGCUCCCCUGAUAAUUAUCAAGGACCGAUACAUUGUUGUUUAUGUGAUACAGUGUUUCCCUCCUUCUCCACAGAUGUCGGCGUUUCUCUCCAUCUCCUGGACACACCCAGCAGACGGGUGCCGGUCGGGCCGACACGAACAGAACAUAGGUUCGGACGUCGCCGCGCACAGCCGAGCCGAGCCGAGUGCAGGACCGCGCUGGCUGCGGGGCGGCCGGGGAGGCCGGGGCGGCCCAGACGAGUGCCGCCUGCGGUGCAAGAGGGUCCUCGGGGUGCUGUGCCGGAGGUGUCUUGGACACACGUGCGUGCAACCGCCGCCCCGGCCGCGCUCUUGUGCGACGUGUUCCGAUCAGCGACCCACCCCUCGACUCGACCCGACUGCGGCUGACCGGGAGUAAUGGAUGAGUUGACACCGCCGAGUCGACGUCCUCUCACUUGACAUCCCCACGCAGCCUCCUCCGGACCUGGCGUUCAUGGAGCGGCCGUAGGCCCCGCGCCCCCCGCGGGUAUGGCGCCGCAUCCGCACGGCGCCUGUCACCGGAACGUCCCGCUGACGCCGGCAUCUCCGCCCGCUACUCGAGCUCCCCGCCGAGCCCCACCCAGGCCGUCCUAGCCAGUCCGAGAGGAUGUGCCCGCCCGGGGGGCUGCCGGCGGCGCUGCUGGCCGGGCUGGCCCUGCUGUGCACGGCGGUAGCGGUGGCCACUCAGGACGCCGGCAUCACGGUGGAGGGCAUGGUGGACGCGGGCGGGGUGCGCCGCCGGUACUCGUGCCCGGCGCGCUUCAUCCGCAUGGGCAACUCGUGCUACUUCAUGUCCACGCUCAUGGCGUCCUGGCACGACGCGCACUUCAAGUGCCGCAGCAUGGGCGCGCAGCUCGCCGCCUUCGAGAAGCGCUGGGAGAACCGCAACAUGCGCAAGUACCUCAUGCGCGAGGAGCUCACGCCGCUGUCGCGCUGGAUCGGCGGCAUCUACCAGUGGGAGAAGCGCUUCUGGAUGUGGGGCAGCACGGGCCUGGCCGUGGGCUACAAGGCUUUCCCGCGGCGCAUGGUGACGCGCGACUGGACCUGGCACUGCAUCUCUCUGGACCCGACGGCCGACUACCAGUGGCGGCCGGCCAGCUGCCUCGACGCCAAGCAUUACAUCUGCGAGACGCCGCUGCGGCGCAACAGGACGCGGGGCCCCGGCAAACAGAACAAGGGCCAGCAGCGCGAGCCCGGGCAGGACGACCUGGACAAGAAGGGCCACGCCGGGAGGCACAACCCACCGCAGCACCGGGACCGGGACAGCGCCAACGUAACGGCGGUCACGGCCUCGGGCCGCAGGCUGGACGCCACCAUCACCCGCAAGCCUGCGACGUUCUCGAGGAACCGGACGGCGCACCGGAGGACGUACGGCGGGCAACGCCACGGCCACCGCGGCUACCGGCCGCCGCCGCCGCCACCCGCGCCCGGCCACCAGGGGCGGCCGGCGGCGUGGCCGGGGACGGGCCCGGGCGCCGCGGGGGCCGCCAGCCACCACUUCCCGCACCGCCUGGCCUACAACGCGUACGACGUGGUGCCGGCCAGAGCCCCCGACAGGGCGCGAGGGCCCUCGCAGGGAGCGCCCAGGCUCAGCACCUCGGCCAGGAUCUCGUUCAGGACGGAGCCCCGCGGCCAGCAGCCGCCUGGACAGCCGCCGCCCCUUGUGAUCCCGGACAUGACGGUGCAGUCGCUGUACCCGCCACGGCAAAAGGCUCGCGCCGAGAACAACGAUUUCUCGAAUGACGUGUAGCGCCAGCCGGGCCCGCCCCGCCAGGACAGCAUCGAGCCGACUAUUGCGGCGCAAUAAGACGUCCCAUACGACGCAUCGAAGCAUUAUUGCUUUACCGCCACUUUUUCUCGGCCGGAAUAAGGCUAAACUUUUAUCACACCCAGAUUGUUAAUUUAAACUAAUUGUUAUUUCUUACUUUCGUCCUAAGGGUCUUUUCCCCGAAGAACAUAUACGCUUCUGUGCAUAAUCUGUUUUCUAUAAUUAUUAUGUCACGUGACUCUCCCUUCGCUCAAUAAAGCUUUACAUUUUCUAAA